AUGUCUGAACUGAUAUGCGAUUAUGAGAUGGAGGAAGGUUGGUACAGAUUUACAAGCGAGGCUGGCGGUGAAAUACCAUCAUCGUGCAUUGAGGUAGACAUGUGUGGUACAGUAUAUCCAGCCUGGAUCCAUGAUGUUAUAUCUGAAACAUCGAGUAUUUCAACUGUUAGAGUUUGCAUAAACACAGGAGAUCCUGGAUGCUGCGGCGAAACAAUAAAUAUACGAGUAAAGAAAUGUCCUAAUGAUUAUUCUGUUUAUGAGUUAAAGCCUCUUAUGAAUGGUUGUAUGGGAUAUUGUGCAGGAGACCGAAUGCCAUGUCCACCAGGUGAACAAUCACCAAAUGGAGAUUUUCAUCCGGAAUGCUCAGAUAUAAUCACAGUGUCUUCAACCACAGCCUCUGCUGGCAAUUAUAAUUGUACUACAGGCACAGGAGAAACACCAACAGAAACUCGUGGAAAUGUAAUGUUAGGAAUACUAGUUGCUACAUGUGUGAUAUGUUUAUUGAUUGGACUCGGUGUUGGUCUAACAGUAGGAUACGUAAAACUACGACAUUAUAAAAAGUCACAAGACCCUUCUGUUGAUCAGACGAAUCUGGCAGACGAAGAAAACUACACAGAACUCAACCUGCGUGAUAUUGUAACAAACGUGUAUGAAGGUGUCAACAUACCUGAAUCACAAAAAGUGACCAGCAUGACUAACUUAUGUUAG